ACUCCGCAGUCCACACUCCACAUUCACCUUCGCUCCUCUGCCGCAGCUGCAUCAACACUCGCAAUGGCCUUCAAGCUCGCCGUCUUCGCCGCCGUCCUGGCCGUGGCCCGUGCCGGCUACCUGGGCGCCCCCGCCGUGGCCUACGGCGCCGCCCCCGCCUACGCCGCCCACGCCUACGCCGCCCCCUCCUACGCCGCCUACGGCGCACACGCUGUCGCCCCCGCGGCUAUCACCUCCCAGCACUCCAACAUCCUGAGGAGCUACGGCAACCUGGGACAGGUGUCCACCUACUCCAAGACCAUCGACACCCCCUACUCCAGCGUCACCAAGUCUGACGUGCGCGUCAGCAACGACGCGCUGGCCCAUGUCGCCGCCCCCGUGGCUUACGCCGCCCACGCCGCCCCUGUGGCUUACGCCGCCCACGCCGCCCCUGUGGCUUACGCCGCCCACGCCGCCCCCGUGGCCUACGCCGCCCACGCCGCCCCCGUGGCCUACGCCGCCCGCCCCGCCGUCGUCAAGGCCGCCGCCCCCGCCGUUGGUCUGCUGGGAGUCGCCUACUCCGCCGCCCCCGCCGUCGCCCACAUGACCUACAGCAACGGUCUGGGUCUCAGCUACGCCUGGUAGAUUGUGAUGACAGCUGUGUGUUUCUAUAAAAAAUAAAAUUAUUUUCACAAAAUC